AUGUUUUCCACCGUCAGUCUUGGGAGGGUGUCCCUCUCGCUUUCAAUCGCUACUGGCAUCCUCUCACCUUUGGCGGCCGCGACUCAAACUUGCUACUACCCCGAUAAAUCGAUAGCCUCCAGCGAUAUUCCUUGCGGAAAUGGGACACAUGUCGCCUGUUGUGGCGAGGGCGCCGUUUGCCUGUCGAAUGGUCUAUGCAUGGACGUUUUCCAGCCCUUCACACUAGCCAGAUCAUCAUGCACAGACCAGUCAUGGACGAGCGGUAACUGUCCGAAUUAUUGCCUUCAAGAUUCAUCUUUCAACAAAUCCGGCUGUUCGAUAGUCCUCUAUUCAUACCUUGAUAGCACCGCCGAGUAUUGCUGUAAUAAUAUCGAUGCCGAAGAUGAUAGUGCUAUCUGCGCCUACAAUUACACGACAUUUCAAAUCCCAGAUGCAACCAUCAUUCCAGGCUAUGAUCUCCUCGCGGACUAUGUCUUGGCCAACGAAACUUCCAAUUCGACCAAGUCUUCCAGCAACCAUGAUACCGCUAUUGGAGCAGGCGUCGGUGUGCCUCUUGGCGUCAUUGCACUCGCUUCUAUUGCCUGGGCGCUAUGGGAGCGGCGAAAGUUGCAUCGCUUCCAGGCCGGAAAUAUCGCGGCAUCAUCUGUCCCGGAACCAAAACAAGAUAACUCAUACGGCAUGGUGCCCCCUCAAAACCAGCCCAGGUACACGGAUGCCGGACCCUACCAGCAAGCUCAGCAACAACAAUAUACUCAACCCCAAGUAUUGUCGGAGAUGGGAGUCGGUGGGCCAGUGGAGUUGGACUCGCAGAGAAAAUGA